CCAUGUCACAUCAAAACUUCUUAGGAUAAAGGGGAGUCUGCAGGCCACUCGGGCUCUGAUGGUGGCUGCAAUACUUCUGGGCCUUGUUGCUCUCUUUGUUGCUGUGACUGGCAUGAAAUGCAUGAAGUGUAUGGAAGAUGACCAGGUGAAGAAGAUGCGGAUGGCUGUUUUUGGUGGGGUGAUCUUCAUCAUUGCAGGUUUGGCAGCGCUGGUGGCCACGUCAUGGUAUGGCAACAGAGUGGCUCGAGCCUUUUAUGACCCUUUCACCCCUGUCAACACCAGAUUUGAGUUUGGAUCAGCUCUUUUCAUAGGCUGGGCAGCUGCUUCUCUGGCCAUCCUGGGGGGAGCCUUCCUCUGCUGCUCCUGUCCACGGAGAGAAACUUCAUAUCCACCCACCCGAGGCUAUCCAAAAAAUGCCCCCUCCACAGGAAAGGAUUAUGUAUAAUGAAACAAAAGGAGCCGCUAGCACUGGUAGUGAAAGCAUUAUGGAGAGGACACUACAAUGCCGCUGUCCUGAGCAGAGUUCAGACUCUAGGUUCUGCCUUCCUCUUCUCCCCAAAAAUGUGUAUAUUUUUGUAAUCCUCUUUGCUACUGGACAUAACUUCUCCUUUCUCUCCCAGCCCAUGGAGGAAGGCUAGCCUAGGUUCAUAGGUAUUGCCACUGGAAAGAUAUGAAACCUCCAAGUUUGGGUUAAGUUUAGUAUUUGGGAGUAAAAGGGAAAAACAAUACUGUUUUUUAGAUGGAUGUUGGUGCUUUUUUAGUUGUUUUUUUUAAAAAAAAAAUAGAUGGUAACAAUUCAGUCCCAUAUCCCAUUAAGUUAGAGCCCAGUGUGGUGUGUAUAGAAGUUAAAGGAACACAUAUACAAAGUGAUGAAACCAAUAGCUUAAGGGGAAACAUAAUUUUAGGGAAAAGACUACAUGUAGGAAUGUUUGAAGAGAUCUAAAAUGCUCUUGUAAUGUUUUAUUGGUGUCAUUUUUAGCACCUUCUUUUAUGUGCAGAUUGACAUGACAAAGGGUCAGACACAAUUAAAUUGCUGUGACUUAACACAUUGAGACCUGUAACUGUCCAUGCACGUGCUGUUGGCCAGCAGAAGAUGCAGUGUAAAGUGGCUUGGCUUAACCGUAUGUCACGACUCUUGCCAAGAUCUUGUAAGUUG